AUGAUAAAGACAUUAUUUGGGAGCAAAGUUUGCUCGGCCAUUUCCAGUCGAGGUGCCCAAAACUCUGUGCGUACAUUCAGUACUGCCAUGACCAAUAGCCAAAAAAAGAAUGAUGCUUUACAAGACCAACACCUUUCGUCGUUAAAACAGUAUUAUUCAGAUGACUUGAUAGAUUCAAUAAAGUUGGCGGAAUCACACAUUGAUUCAGCUCACUGGCAGAACCGUAAACCAUCGACUAAGUUUUCCCCACCAUACUUGGAUAAUUUCAAAGAGAUUGACCCAUACUGGGAUCAUUCAUCGCAACCCCAAGCAGAUUUCACCAAGCCUUUGCAACCAUUGGAAGGGAAAGAUAUUCCAAAAGGUGCUAUUGUCAAGGAUGAUACUGUCAAAGACGAGGCUUCUCUCAAUUUAUCCAAAUUGACUGGUCUCUCAGAAGAGUACUUGCGUAAAUUGACACAUAAAGUGCUUGUGCAGAAGACCGUUAGAAACAAGACCAAGAAAGGUAAUAUCAAUAGUUUGUAUGCUUUGGUCAUUGUUGGUGAUAAGAAUGGUAUGAUCGGGGUCGGUGAAGGUAAGGACAAAGUGAGUGGUCUGGGAGCUGUCAACAAAGCUAUCUGGAAUGCCAAAAAGAAUUUGAGAUAUAUCCCAAGAUUGGAAGAUAGAACUAUUCUCGGUGACAUUGACUUCAGAUACCAUGGGGUCAAGUUAUUUUUAAGAUCUGCUCCUCCAGGUUUUGGUUUGAGAGUCAACCACUUCAUUUUUGAAAUUUGUGAAUUGGCCGGUAUCAAGGAUUUGUCUGCCAAGGUUUACAAGGCCAGAAACGGUAUGAACAUCACAAAGGGUACUAUCGAAGCUUUGUCAAGGGGAAGAUCCUUGCAAGACGUGGCUUUGGCCAGAGGUAAGAAGAUUGUUGACUUGAGAAAGGCUUAUUACUCUCCAUAA